AAUGUAAUAGAGUUUUAGCGCAGUCUUGCUUUUUCAUAGGCGUGUGUCAGCUGUGUGCCAAGGGGUGCUCCGCACUUACCAAUGCGAUUAAUGAAGACAAUGAACCAAUUGACGGAACACUAAACUAACAACCAGCUUUUCCGUUUCGUCUGUGUUUCACUACGGACGAGCUUCGCGUCUGCAAGGAAUCAACCCUCUGCAAGAGCACAAAGGACAAUUAAAAAAAGAAAGCAAAGGUCGGUUGAAGAAUGUCACAGUUUUCUUAAGCGAUCCAGACCUUUAUCCUUAAAUGACUGCAGUCCUGCUAUCUGAUUGGAUCAUCUUUUGAGGAUCUAAACCGAAAAUAUCUUUCUUCUUUGUGGGUGUCGCGUUCUACCUUCGUGGACAUCAGUGAGAGCUAAAGCGUUUCCACCACUGCUCUUCUCCUGAAAGGAAAACAGUGGUGUUCGAUCUACUCUGGGUCAUGCUGUGUGGCUGACUUCUAUGCAGUAGCUGAAAUGAGGUUGGUGAAUUUGGGGUCGCGGCCCCUCUUGGCCUUGACCCUCAUGCUCACCCUCACCUGCCUAAAGCAUCUGUGCCAUGGUGCGACGCCCUUUCCUCAGGACCUGGAGCCCAUCAGCACUGUUGGUAGUGAACACACCUACCUGUACCCCAGUUUCCAGGGGAACGUGUCAGAUAACGACACCGCCAGACUGGGGCUUGAUUUUCAGAGGAUGCUGCGGAUUAACCACAUGGUCUUCAUUGCUGCAAGAGAUCACGUUUUUGCCAUUAACCUCAGCGCUUCAGUGGAGCGUAUCGUUCCCCAACAGAAACUGACAUGGAAGACAAAGGAUGUGGAGAAAUGCACAGUCAGGGGGAAAAACAGCGAUGAGUGUUACAACUACAUCAAAGUGCUGGUGCCACGUAACGAUGAAACUCUCUUUGCAUGUGGAACCAAUGCGUUCAACCCCACCUGUCGCAACUACAAGAUGUCAUCUCUGGAGCAGGACGGAGAGGAGGUGGUCGGUCAAGCCCGUUGCCCUUUCGAAUCCCGCCAGUCUAACGUCGGCCUGUUUGCCGGUGGUGACUUUUAUUCAGCCACAAUGACAGAUUUUCUAGCAAGUGAUUCAGUGAUUUACCGAAGUUUAGGAGAAAGCAGUCCUGUUCUGCGUACCGUAAAAUACGACUCAAAAUGGCUAAGAGAGCCUCAUUUCCUUCAUGCCAUUGAGUAUGGGAACUACGUCUACUUUUUCCUCAGUGAGAUCGCAGUGGAGUACACCACCCUUGGCAAGGUGGUGUUCUCUCGAGUCGCUCGCGUGUGUAAGAAUGAUAACGGUGGUUCUCCGCGGGUUCUAGAGCGGUACUGGACUUCUUUCCUGAAAGCACGAUUGAACUGUUCAGUUCCAGGUGAUUCGUUCUUCUACUUUGACGUUCUUCAGUCAUUGACCAACGUCAUGCAGAUCAACCACAGGCCUGCGGUGCUAGGUGUCUUUACCACUCAAGCCAACAGCAUCACCGGUUCUGCUGUAUGUGCUUUCUACAUGGAUGACAUAGAGAAAGUGUUUAAUGGGAAGUUUAAGGAGCAGCGAAACAGCGAGUCAGCCUGGACGCCAGUUCCUGAUGAAGUGGUGCCCAAACCCCGGCCGGGAUCCUGUGCUGGUGAUGGCCCUGCUGCUGGCUUUAAGUCCUCCACAAAUUUCCCUGAUGAGACUCUUACAUUCAUUAAGUCUUAUCCACUAAUGGACGAGGCCGUACCGUCUGUCAACAACCGACCCUGCUUCACACGAACCACCAGCCGGUUCAAGCUGACCCAGAUCGCGGUGGACACGGCAGCUGGCCCGUAUAAGAACUACACCGUUUUGUUUCUGGGUUCAGAAAACGGACGAGUCCUGAAAAUUCUCUCCAGCACACACCCAAACUCCACCUACAGCACGCAGGUUUUGGAGGACAUAGAUGUUUACAACCCCAACAAAUGUAAUGUGCGUGGUGAGGACCGUAGGAUUCUGGGAUUGGAGUUGGACAAGGACCAUCAUGCCCUGUUUGUGGCAUUCUCAAGUUGCGUGAUCCGUGUUCCUCUCAGUCGCUGUUCUGACUACAACUGCAAAAAGAGCUGUCUGUCCUCGCGAGACCCCUACUGCAUCUGGCUGAGUGCGGGGAACUGUGCCACAGUGGCGCCGGGAUUCAAGUCUGGAUUUGAACAGUAUGUGGAGAGUGGAUAUCCUCAGUACCCAGACAGCUGUCAUGAUGUCUUGGCCACAACUCGCAAGCAGAACCCUGCGGUGGACUCUGCGUACGGGAAGACCUCACCCACAAGCGCCAGCACAACCAAUCAGGGGCCAGCUCUGCCUAAAGUCAAUGGUGUCUCUGAGACAGGUACCCACCCCGAGGAGGGGAGGCAGGGAGGGCAGGGUUCUCCUGACUUGGAGCCAGGCAGUGUGGAGAUGGAGGGAGUGCGCCGGCCCCCUGAGGUAGAUAAGUCCAACCACAGUGUUCACUACACUCUGCUCAUUGCGUGUGUCCUGGUGGCGUUUGUCUUGGGAGCUUUCCUAUCCGGAUUCCUCGUUUCCUGUUACUGCAACCACAACGUUAACAAGACCAAGAGGCUGUCGAAAGAUCCAGAAGCGCCGAUCCCACAUGCUCUAUCCCUGCGCAGCCUAGCCAAGCUGAACGGCCUGCUGGAGAGCCAAAGCAAGGAUGAGAAGCUGGAGGUAUCCUCACCCAAACUCUACAACUCUUUCUUUGCUAAUGGAAAAGAGCAGGCGCAUCGCCGGAACGCCCACCAUGCUGCCAUGACAGAGCUCAUUCACCCCCAUCAUCACCACUCUGCUGAGCUCUCCGGCCUUCCCACCCCUGAUUCGACACCAGAGCUCCCCAUCAAGAGUAUGAAGGCCUUCAAGAACCAAUGGGAGAAGAAUCAAAACUGCAACAACGCUAAAGAACCCAAGUCCCAUAACAUGGGAGCAUCUCGGCCAACCCCUGGGAUGCAGCAUCAGAUUUUCCCCUUCUCCCAAGGACUGACCAACGGACAGGUACUAGGUGGCUCGGCACACUUGGAGGAACGCAAAGUCCACAACGCCGAGCGGGUGGUAAGCCAGCCGUAUCACUGCUACCCACACAAGAUUGUGGAUGUUACCUCGCUUGACGAGCUUCUGAAACACAUUCACGAAAUCAACGUGGCCACGGGUAAAAGUCCGACUGUACUCACCUCUUCCAUGUCAGCUCAUGCCGGUCAGAUGGCGUUCGCCAAUCGCGUACAGCCACAUAUACCGGAAACGGAGACUGCGCCAUACUACAGUUCCUCCACGCUUCCUCGGGACAGUCUCACUCGACGCAUGGAUGUUCCUCCGGAGAUCCCUCCCCAUCAUCAGUCCACCCUGGAGAGAGUGUCCCGUCACCAGUCGCAACGCCACUCCUUGAUAACAACCCCCAAGAUGCCCAGCGGGGGAGUGGUGCCUCGGCAGCACAGCUUCAACCAGCGCAGCUCCCAUCAGCCCCUCCUGCUGUCCCGAAUGAACUCUAACGGCAGCAGUUCAGGUUGCGAUGUACGGCAUCCGCUCAUCCCUAAUGGAUACCUAACUCGCCAGCAUAGCUACAGCGAUCAGCAGGAAGUCCACCGUGGAGCUAUUGUCCGUCGGACAGCUUCGCUCAAGCCUGACGUCCCACCCAAACCACUGUUCAUCCCUGCUAGCUCACCUGUCAACCAGGCAGGGAAGUUCAACUACUGAACAAUGGAGAAGAAAAGCCUGUGGUUUUUCGUAAAAGGCUACUCGACCUCUUAGAACUGAUUGUGGUCAAGAAAAAUUGAAAGACUGGACAAAAAACUUGCCUUCAUGGGAAAAAGAUUGGCUGCCAGUGUUGUUGACUUUACAUUUGAACUAUGACCUGUUUUUUCUCUGUUUCAUAAAUAUAUUUGUACCAUAUUGGUAUUGCUCAGCUAUUGGCCAUUACGAGGGGAGGAGUUACAAGAGUCCACCUAGAUUUAGGCUGCCACAGUGAUAAGUGCGUGGCUUUACGGUCUCACUUUGGACAGGUGUCACUCAUCCUAAACUCCGUACCUGAACUUUUAUCCGAACAAGUGUACACAUCUUGUUUGAUAUCCUGAUAUUUCUUGCUUUGGCUUAACUAUUCUGUUGAUGUAGAGUUGAUGAACUGUACUGAUCCCAAUUAGAAAUGUGUAUAUAUGCAUGUGUGUGUGCGUGUAUGUGUAUAUAUAUAUAUAUAUAUAAAUAUAUAUGUAUGUGUGUGCGUGUAUGUACAAAUACAUACCCAGUGUAUGUAUCUAGAUUACCGAAAUGGUUUAUCCCCCUCAACAAGUUCCUUUGCCUUAUUUUGAAAGCAGAUGUGCUGUAAAAUUCCCACACAACCUGAAGAGAUCUCUAUAAAAACCACAAGCAAUAAUACCCACCCCAUCCUGUCCACUCCCGUGUAAUGCAGCUCAAACUCAAUACAUAAAGUUAAAUUUCAGAUGAUUAAAUGUGGCUAGAGAAACAGUUACAUCAAAAUACUGCACCCAGUGAGAUGAAUCGGCCUUAGUGUUAAGAAGGAGAUGUAAGUAUAUACCUAAGCGGAAUGUAUUCUUUGUCUAUACGCUGCAGAUGUGUUACAGUAUUUACCCUCAGUCUUCUCUGGAAAAAUUGUAAUCUGUAAAAGUGAAUUAAAAAUGUUUAAUCUUCUACAGUUCAUUGAACACUGUGUCCUAACCAGGUGGGAUAAAGUGAUUAAAGCUGUCCCCUGAGUCCAAUCCUGACCACUUAUACAUAGCCCCACCCACAGUGAAAUCGAAUUGGUCUAUACUUCUGCUCCAGUUUUAAACAUCAAAUACUUGCUGAUUGGUUCUGAAUGUGUUGCCCAGUGAAGCAGUUUGACACUGAAACUGGUCGCACCUCGCUAGGACAUCGCGUGAGUGUCCAGAACAAAAUUAUUUCAUACUAUUGUCCUAUUAUGUUAAAAACAAUGUAUCAAUAUUAACACUAAAACUGUUUUGUGUAAAUAGAUGAACAAUAACUAGCCAAAUUUUAAUUGUGUAAAUUUGUGCCUUAUUUAAUAUGAUGUGUUAUGGGGGGGUGGCGGCAGAGUGGCAGAGGGGACACAAGAAAAGGGCAGAGAGGCCGUCAUUUAUCUUUUUAUUUUUAAUAUUUGUAUUUUUUUUAAGCUUGGUUGUCUGUAUGUGUCAUAACUAUUGUAGAUAUAUAUUUCUAGAUACUUUUGAUAUCCCUAAGCUGUGUGAGGCUUUUGCAUUUGGAUCAGCAUCUACAUAGUUUUCUAUCUAUCUUUCACCUAGCGUUCUAUCUAUUGUUCUGUGAUUCCAUUGUUCCAUGGAUCGAUCUGUCUGUCUGUCUGUCUGUCUCUCUUUUUUGUUUUCUUCUUGUUUAACUCCACAAUAUGGUUUAAGAAACCCCCUGUCUCACAGAUCUAAUGGGUUUGUAUGAAUACAUGAACUUUUACACUGCAGUGUAUUUUCAGAUCUUAUGUUUAAUGGCGGGAGUAGGACUCCUUAGGCUUUGCACUCUGUUUGGAGGACAGACGUGUGUGUGUGUGUGUGUGUGUGUGUGCUUCAUGAGGAGACCAUAUCAGUUGGCUGUAGUUCAAACACAUACCUCCCUUUGCUUUAUCCCAGUACUUCAGGCUGGCAGAGUAACUCAGAACAGUUCCUCUGCUCAAAGUCAUCUUCAUCAUCUUAUUCUGUGAUGCGUCUGCUUUUGCAUACAUUCUUGGUGCUGGUCUGAAAUACAGUUUUUAUCAUGUACACUUGAAUGAACUUUUCAAAUUGGCUGCCUGUAACUAUGUGCUCUGUUGCCCCUCACGAAACCAAAUGCAAUGUCACAUUUUAAUAGAUGGCUACCGCAUCAUAUGCAUCCCAGGUGAAAAAUGGACUGAGGAUUGAAUCUCUGCAUCGUACUUGAUGGAAAACCGAAACGAGUGGAAAGAGACUGGAGUAGUUUCUUUGAAUUUCUAUAGUUAUUAUGAUGGAAAGGGAACUGCGUGUGUCUGUUUUAUCUGCUUCAACCAUUGAGGUUUCUGUUAUUGCACAGUGUAAAUACAGUCCUGGAGUUUCCCAGGAUUCAGUGCUCUGUUAUGAUUACUACUGGACAAAGCCCCAUGGAUUCUCCACCUCUGCUUUUAUGGAAUACUGUUGUAUUUUCCUUAUAACAGAAAUAAAUGAGAGAUCAUAACAUGCA